AUGAAUUGGAUAUCCCUGGCUCUAGCCGUGGGGCUCGCUUUCACGUACCAGUCUAUCCCUGUGUUGGGUCGAGUCAUCUGCUGCGGGGAGUUUGAGGCAAUAUCGGCUUCUGAGUUCGUUGCUCAUCUCUCUCCUGGCUGGAAUCUUGGAAACAGCCUGGAUGCCGUCCCAAACGAGGAUAGCUGGAAUAACGAGCCCAUCACCGAAUCAACAUUUGACGAUGUCAAGAAUGCAGGGUUCAACAGCGUUCGUAUCCCAGUCACUUGGGCGUAUCACUUCACUGGAAACUCCGAUGAAGGUGAUUCUCCUGACUGGACGGUUGAUCCAGCCUGGCUCCAACGCGUGCACGACGUCGUCAACAUGGUCACAUCUCGUCACAUGAGCGCAAUUAUCAACAUCCAUCACGACUCGACUCUGUGGGCCGAUUAUACAGCCCCGAAUGCUAACAUUACAAUGAUCGAGGAGAAGUUUUAUCGACUAUGGUAUCAAAUUGGAGAAGAGCUGGCCUGCACUGGGUCUCGUGUAGCCUUCGAGCCCUUGAACGAACCCCAGGGCGCAACAAACGAGUACGCUGCUCAACUCACGAAAUUGAACGACAUCUUCCAACUGGCUCUCACCCACAGCGGCGGCUUUAAUCGGCAGCGAGUUGUUGCGUUGAGCGGACCACUGCAGGACAUCGACGCAACUAUUGAAUGGUUCAGAAAGCCGGCCCCGAACUACACCAACCCUUAUUUUUUACAGGUGCAUUAUUAUGAACCCCGUAAUUUCACGUCAGCUGCUUGGGGCAAGACUACUUGGGGCUCGAAAGAAGAGAAGAAUCAGCUAGAGGACUCUUUUUCCCUGUUGCGCCAUAAGUUCCCAGAUAUCCCCAUUCUUAUCGGAGAAUGGCUCGUCAGCCCAGUCAUGUCUGAGCCAGCAGCUAGGUGGCAGUACUACGACUUCAUCGGCCGGAUGUGUGCCAAAUACAAAUUCGCAUGUAUGAUCUGGGAUACUGGAAAUGACAUCCUCGACCGUAAUGCCCGCACUCUAUUCGACUCUACAGGCCUCCAGGUUCAUCUGAAUGCCUUGAAGGGUAUCACAAACAGCUUGCCAUGGGCCACAACUAAACCCGACACAGAAGGCGAGUAUUCGUCUGCGCUUAUAUUUCACAGAAUUGACGACUUGGACGACUUGGUUUCUAAUCGCAUUUGUUACUUCGACUUCAACGGAAACAACGUUACAACUAUUGCAGUUGACCGUCAACUGUUAACCGAAGGACCUGACUACUUCAUUAGUUCCACCGCCAUUACGUUCCAUCCUUCAUUCUUGUCAAACUACUUUAACUCUUCCAGCGAAGAGGGAGUCAAAGCAACUGCAUUAGUCUCAUUCUCAACAGGAGCACGCAUCCCGAUUCAACUAAUCGUUUGGGACGCCCCGACGGUCCCUGUGGCAAGUUCUGCCGCCGAAGCCGGGUCUGAAGUACCCAUAGCUAUCAAUUGGAAUGGAUUCCCUCAACCAGCAGCCGUAGCUGCCUUCAAAGCCGACGGGACUCCUCUGGUAGACGAAUGGACAAAUUACCUUCCACCACUCAACCGUGGAAGAACAGUUUUUGGUGCACAUUGGACGUGGAGCAGGGGCGAUAAUGUCAUAACCAUCACAGGAAAUACAACUCGUGUCGCGGUGGAAGCUAAUCAGGAAGUGACCUUCAUGAUUGAGGUGUAUCCUCGCAUCGGAAACAAUUAUGUGAACUACACCUUGACUGUUUGA